AUGGAUGUCAGAGGUUUAUGGUCAGUGACUAAUGUAAACCGUCGCCCAUACAAAUAUAUGUGAAACUUCUUGACCCCCCAUACAAUUGACAGUGCUUCCUUGUCAAUCUGGGAAUACUUGCGCUCCGUCUUGGUGAGGGAUCUGGAUGCAAAAGCCACUGGUCUUUCACUUCCAUCUGCCAUAACAUGCGACAACACUGCACCAAUUCCGGUUGGUGAAGCAUCACAUGCGAUCUUAACUGGAAGCGUUGUGUCGUAUUGUAAUGUAUUACCAUGUCCUACAGUCAGCGACCAUGAUGCGCCUUACGUUUGCAUUAAUAUAAGAGCUUGCAGAUUCCAGCCACGAUUUAAAUUACUACGCGAUGAAAAACAGUUUGAUGAAAAAGCUUUUAUAGGCGAUAUUGCAUCACUUCCAUUCAAUAUCGUUUACGGUAUCGAUGAUCCAGAUCAGCAACUAGAUAUAUUUAACUCAUUAAUAAAAGAUUGCCUCGACAGACAUGCACCACUACGCAGAUCUAAAAUCACGCGCCCUCCUGCGCCCUGGUUAAAUCACAGUGAUGUGAAACAACUUCAAAAAGAACGAAACGAGCUCAGAUAUUUAGCUCACAAAACAAACCUGAGUCAUGUCUGGAAUAAAUUCCGCGUAGUAAGAAACACUAUACAGACAAACAUUAAGAAGGUCAAGACAGCAUUCUAUCAGAAAGCAUUAUCAUCAAAAAAAACGAAAGAACUUUGGAAAGUAAUACACCGCACACUUCAUCCCAAUCCCAAACCUAUAAAUGCGGAUCCCGACCAAUUGAACAGCCACUUCAGCUCUACCUCGCAACGUCUACUCGGGUCAGUGCCGACUUCCCCAAGUGCUUUGCAAGAACUAGUAAACUCAUUACCAGUCUGUAUGUCCAACUCGUUUAAUAUUUGUCCUGUUGCCCAUAGUGAAGUACUGAAUCAGUUAAGAACAAUAAGAUCUGACUGUUCGACAGGAAUUGACCAGAUUCCGGUAAAAUACCUUAAGAUGGCAGCUGAUUACAUCGCCUCACCAUUGACCUAUAUCAUCAACGGGUUUAUUGCAACUCACAGCUUUCCAGAUGUUUGGAAGACUGCAUGUGUGUCACCUAUACCCAAAGUAGCCUCUCCGACAGAGUUAGACCAUUAUAGACCAAUUUCUAUUCUCCCGGCUCUUACCAAAGUCUAUGAACGCCUCAUUCUAAAUCAAAUUGUAAAAUACAUCGACCAGCAUAAUGUAUUAAACGAGAAUGUUACUGGCUUUCGUAAAGGCCAUGCCACCUCAUCUGUCCUAUAA